AUGGUUAAUUGGUUUGAGAAGGCCAAAGAAAUUCUUGAAAAUAAAAUAAAUGAAAAAAAUGACACGUUUACUACUCUCUUUGAAGGCUUCUUUGAUGUUCUCAUGACAGUACAUAAUACCAGCAGUGAAGGUAAAAUACAAAUACUAGAAAAUUUUAUAUUGCGAACAUGUGCUCUUGUUGCUGAGAAGAGAAUUAAUGUUUAUAUUCAGCAGGAGGCCGUAAGAAAAUUGAACACAAUGCUUGAUGCAAUGCCUCGAGAUACUAGAAAGAAAAUUAUUUCUACAAAAGAAAUGCUACAUAUCAUGAAUGAUAUGGGAAAGAGAAUUUUGGAUGCUGGGGACUAUGACCUCCAAGUUGCCAUUACUGAAGCUUUAUGCAGAAUGACAUCAGAAAAACAAAGGAGAGAAUUGGCAAGCCAGUGGUUUUCAAUGGAGUUUGUUGCUAAUGCAUUUAAAGGAAUUACGGAUUCUGAGUUUGAAACGGAUUGCAGAAAGUUCCUUAACCAGGUGAAUGGCAUGCUUGGAGACAAAAGAAGGGUUUUUACCUAUCCUUGUUUAUCAGCCUUCCUUGAUAAACACGAGCUACAGCUACCAGUGGAUGAUAAUCUUGAAGAAUUUUGGAUUGAUUUUAAUAUUGGUAGCAGAAGUGUAUCCUUCUAUUUUGCUGCAGAUGAUGAAGGUCAUCAGUGGGAAACUGUGUGCAUACCUGAGGAAGAUGUUGAAACAUACAUUAUUGAAGAAAAUGGGAAUAAUAAAUUGUUAACAAUACAUCUAAACAAUCCUUUGUCUGUGGGUAUUCAAGAAGGGGAGAAAAUAAUAUUGCAUUUUGAUUCUGCGUUGGAAAUUGUGGAUGCAGCAAAGAAAGUUUACGGUGCAGCUAAAUGUCAGGGAUUUACAAGGAAGAAUAUUGUGUCAGUUGCCAAAACAACAGUACAUGUAAUUUUUGAUGAAAGUGGAUCACAGGUCCUUGUGCCAGAAAGUCAGAUAUCACCGUUGAAAGAAAGAAAUGGUAAACCACUAGAAGAAAACCGUAGUUAUUCUCUACAAAACCAAUAUCCUCAAAUGCAGAAAAAUCUCAGUGGAAAAGCUAAUACGGUGGACUUCCAAACAGUUCAAUCUAAAAUUACCCCAGCUAAAAGGAAAAUGUCUGAGGCAUCAAUGAUUGUGCCAUCCACUGGCAGAUUGUCUAUGCGGAGUCCAUUACCGUUCGUUAAUACUUCAACUCCACGAAAAGGCCGGAUUAAAGCACCUCUUCAGAUGAUGAGCUCUGUGGGUAAAACAGAUAUUUUCUCAAUACCUGAGAGAAGAACAAUGAAUUUCAAUUUAGAAGAAGAUUAUGUGCCUUUAUGUUCUGUAACCAAGUCUCUAAAAAAAAUUAAUUCUGUAGAAAAGAAAAUUCCAAUUGAAAAAGUGAUCAACAUGCUCCACGAUGAGGAAGAUGUGGACACCAGUGAAAAACAAAAAUUAGAUGAAUUAAGAGAUAUUGUUCCUGAUUCUCUGCCUGUAGACAAAAGUGAUAAACCAUUAUUGCCUGGCAUUGUGGAAAAUUCUGCUGCUGAAAUGAAAACCCAGCGAAAACAGAUGUGUUGGUUACCUGAGACAAUAAUAACACAUUGUAACAAGCAGAAUAUUAGUGCAUUGGAAAAUACAUUUCAUCAAGCUCCUAAUCAAAGCGGUACAGCUGCCAAGCAAAGGGCUUUCUCUUCAAUAUUUGAAAUGACUUCUUCAGAGUUGAAAAAGAAACAGCAUUGCAACGGAGCAAUUGUGGAGCAGCAGGACAAUGAAAAGAAAACACCAGUGAAAAAUUGCAAAAUAAACAGCACAGAGUCAUGGAAGGAUUUUAAGCAUUUGGAUGAGAAAAUACCAAAAAGUAGCAGCAGAAAGAAUGUUUCCAGUAAACCUGAAAUAUCACUUAAGGCAACCAGAAUGAAUGACAGUACUCUAGCAAAUCCGAGGCACUCAAAAUUAGUUACUGAAAUGAGUGAUGAUGCUGGCUUUGAUGUAUCUUCUGGAAAAGAAACUGCUAAUAAGAAAACUGAUCAGAAAGCAAAAUCAAAAGAAAUGGUUGACGCAGCACAAAUGUUAAUAAGUAAAAUCAGCAAGAGGUAUAAAGAAAAGGAUGGUGCAAAAAGUACAAGAAAACUGUACCAGCCAUUUUCUAACAGGAGCACAUCUUUAAAUCAAUCUGGUUACAGUGUUAGCAAGAAAAAAAAACAGAACAAAAGUUCUAGAAAUUUGAAAACUGCUACUCUGCUUAACAUAACUGCUGAACAUCUUGUGGAUGAUGUCUACAACUUUAACUUAAGUGGAUUUGAUGAACCAACAAUAAAGCUUGGAAUCCAAGAAUGUCAUCUUACUAAAUUGGAAGCUACUACAUAUCUUCCAAAGAAAAUGAAUCAUGAAAAUGAAGGAAAAAGUACAGUCCAAAAGAAACAAGAAAAGAAGAAUAGAACAAAUAAAAGCAAGAAACAUAUUUUUAGUGACACAGACACAGAAUACAGAGGUGAUGACACGAAGACAGAUAUUAGCUGGCUAAGGGAAUCAAAUAGAAAACCUAAACCUCAGCUAGUAGAUUACAGCAGAACCAAAAAACAGAAGACAUCUAAAACCCUGGAAGCAAGUAAAUCGUCAAUAUCACCAAGCAUGAAGGAAGUAUAUCAACAAAAGAAAACCAUAAAUAGAGCAGAUGGCAGGACAUUAAAUCUUGCCAGAGUACCCGUUCCUAAAAAUCAGUAUGACAAUGACGCUGGGGAAAAACCACAACCAACCAGAUCAAGGCAACCAAGAAGAGCAGCAAUAGCCAAGAAAUCUUAUAAAGAACUCUCUGAUUCAGAAACAGAGAGUGAAGAAGAACCUUCUAAACCCUUAAAGGAAUGUCCAGAAAAUAAAAGUAUAAAAAACAAAGCUGUUAAUCAACCGAAGGUACAACGGUGUAUUGUUUCCAGUGAGUCAACUAAAGGAAAAUUGCUAAAUCAACAAAAAUGUUCCACUAAAUCAAAAAAUGUGCCAACCCCCCAAAUGGAAUCAUCACCACUGCCAUCAUCUGAGAGUCCGGCUUCUUUUGAGAUAAUGAGAUGUUCUGAGAAGUGUACAGAGAAAGAAUUUAUUGAAGAAAAUCUGUCAUUGAGAAGAUCAUCAUUAUCAUGCGAUCUUCAAGAGCUAACACCUGAAAAUGAGGAAUCCUUAGGCAACAUAUCUGCAUUAGUGAAAAUGAAUACAGAGAGUGCACAGUUAAAGCAGCUUUCUGAAAAGGGCAAAAAGCUGAUGUUUGAAACUGAAGACUUGUCACCUGCUUUAAGUCCACUUUCUUUGCACCUUAGUCCUUUCACUACAAGAAAAAAAAUCACUACUUACCAUGAUGCAGAGGUUGCUAAGCUCCAGGAGAAAAUAUAUGAUGCUGAUGAAGCAGUAAGCAUUAAAAAAUACCCAUUAAACAAAUCAUCUGAUAUAGAACUGAAAGAUUUUCCUGAAAACCUUAUGAAAAAUGGAAAAGAGGAUUCUAUAACUCCAUCUCCAUUAUCCACACCUAGUGGAAGCAGAGAAGAAUUAUGUCAAGAAGAACCUUUUGCUCACAUUCAUGAAUCUGGACCUACAAUACAUACUAAUUUCAAGCGAUUGUGUCAGGAAGACAUAGAAAGUGAUUCUGAUGAAGAAGAAAGCAGGAGAGAGAAAAGAAAAACAAAGAUGCUCCCUAGAAAGUUAUUUAAAGCAGAUGAUAGCACUUAUAAAGUUUCUGAAAGCAUAUCUCCUUUAUCCAUCAUUGACACAUCUGCUUUGGAUGAAGAAGGCUGGGAUGCUGGCAGUUCAAGUGUAGGGACGAUUUGUCAGAACUUUCAUAAGGAGUUUGCCAGGAAAAUUCAGAGCCGAUCAAAAAGAAUUGACAGUUUUACAAAGCAGUCAUUGAAAUCAGCUCACCAGCAUAUGAAUACAAUGAGUAGUGAGUUACAUAAACACAGGGCCAAACAGCUGGAAAAUCUUCAUUCCUGCCUCAUCAAAGAGCUUGAAAGUUUUGAAAAAGACUCACAGAUGUUGAGAAAUAUGGAAAAAGACUUUUCAAAUUUUUCCAAGGAACAUUCUGAAAUGUUUAGCACUUACAACAAAAAUCAGCAGCAGAGACUUCAGAAUCUCAAAACGUCGUUUGAAGAGAACAUUCCCCAUACCUCUGGCCAUGAGGAAAAUAUUUGUGUAUCUGAGAUGCAUCUAAUGAAAGACGAUAUGAAGGGGCUCCAAGAAAGAUUUCUUAAGGAAAUGCAUGAAGAAGAAUUGCUUAAUGUUCGCAAAGGAUUGCAGUCACUCUUUAUGGGAGAAAAUAGAAAAUUCUAA